UGCAGGCGUAUACAGCUACCGGCAUGUGACUACGAAGGCAAUGUUACAAAUUAUAUUUCGUGACAGCAGCAAGUAACAAAAAGAAACAGUAUAUGUACAGGAACUAGAGCAAGCCCCGCCCCUGUCUCCUCCCUCUGUGAGCUGGGCACCACUACCGGUGAACAUGGCUGCUGUCCCUGCUGCUGCUGCUGCUGCUCAGGACGAGCUUAAUCAGCUUGAGCGUGUGUUUUUACGCCUUGGCCAUGCAGAAACCGAUGAGCAGCUGCAGAGUAUCAUCUCUAAGUUCUUGCCUCCAGUACUCCUCAAACUGUCAAGUGCGCAAGAGGGCGUGCGCAAGAAGGUUAUGGAGUUGCUUGUUCACCUGAACAAAAGGGUAAAGAGUCGAUCCAAGAUACAGUUACCGGUGGAGACACUUCUGGUCCAGUACCAAGAUCCAGCAGCUGUCUCUUUUGUGACGAAUUUUACAAUAAUAUACAUAAAAAUGGGCUAUCCCCGUCUGCCCAUGGAAAAUCAGUGUGAACUGGCUCCUACUCUCUUGACAGCAAUGGAGGACAAGCCUCAACCUCAGCAAGACAGCUUAAUGCAUCUUCUGAUACCAACUCUUUAUCAUAUGAAAUAUUCCAGUAAAUCCUCCAAAUCCACAUCCGUAUUUAACCUUACAGAAAAACCAAAGACCGUGCAGCUGAUUUUGGAUUUCAUGUUGGAUGUUCUUCUGAUGCCUUAUGGAUUUGUUUUGAAUGAACCGCUGAAUCGCCAAAGUACACCAUCCGGACAGGGCUCCUCCUCAUCAGGGGGAGUGGGAAUCCCACAACCACCUCCUGGUUUGAGCUUUUAUGCAGCAAAAAGAGUUGUUGGAGACAAUCCAUGGACAGCAGAACAACUAGAACAGUGCAAGCUGGGCAUAGUGAAAUUUAUAGAAGCUGAGCAGGUGCCGGAGCUGGAAGCGGUCAUUCAUCUGGUAAUCGCCUCCAGUGACACCAGGCACAGUGUGGCUACUGCUGCAGACCUGGAGCUGAAAAGUAAGCAGAGCUUGAUUGAUUGGAAUGAUCCGACCAUUAUCAGCAAGAUGUACAAAGUUUAUUUGGGAGACAUACCACUUAAAACAAAGGAGGGAAAUGUGCUAAAGCCUGAACUGAAGAGAGAUCCCGUCAGCACCCGUGUUAAAUUAAAGAUUGUGCCACACUUGUUAAGAUCAAGGCUGGCAGCAGAGUUAUUUCCAGCUAACAUACAGGUGGUGUACGAUGGCCUGUUUGGUGGAAACACGAAUGCCAAAUUAAGAUUGUUGUCUUUGCAAUUUGUGCACCAUAUAUGUACAACUUGUCCUGACACUAAAAUAAAGCCUCUAGGCCCAAUGCUACUGAAUGGACUCACAAAGCUUAUUAAUGACUAUAAAGAGGAUCCAAAGUUGCUGUCCAUGGCAUAUUCUGCUGUUGGCAAGCUCUCGGGACGAAUGCCUCAGCUUUUCACAAAGGACCUAGCUUUGGUUCAGCAAUUCUUUGAAGCCAUGCGGAAGGAAGAUAUGGAUGUCAGACUUUCUAUUCAGGAGGCCUUGUCUAUGAUGGUUGGGGCCUACACAAACCUGGAAGGGGCUCAGCUGACUCUCAUGGAAGCACUUGUGGGUUCUUACUUAGUGAAGCCAGAAGUCCAGGUUCGACAAGUAGCAGUGAAAUUUGCAAGCAGUGUCUUUUCUCCUGACCAUAUCCCUUCAAGAUAUUUGCUUUUACUCUCUGCUGGAGAUCCGCGGGAAGAGGUACAUGGAGAAGCACAGAGAGCCCUGAGGAUGCUUUCAUCCAGCAAUGAAAAAGAUGGUUCUCCAAAACUUCCCCCAUUCCCAGUGAUGGUCAGCCAUAUCCUAGAAAAGGCAUCCACUAGGAUGAAAACCCCUGUUAAAUUUGUAACCACCACAUCUGUGCUCCCUUUUAACCCUGCUGCAUUUUUAGAGAUAAUCCUGUAUUUGAGAAUGUGCCUGGCUCACAGUGCUGGUGUGGACCCAACCUGCCAGUCUUUGGCAGACAUGCAGGACCAGGCACCAGCUCUAGGGCGCUAUGUGCGAGAAUUAAUAUCUGGUGAUCACGCCGCACCAGAGCCUUUCUCUUCCAAGAAUGGAGACCUGAAUCCGGUGGAGAUGUACAUAAGCCUUAUCCAACAAUUGUUGUCUGCAGCUGGAGGCUUGCGAGUUAUGUAUUGCCUUUUGGAGAUAGUGUCUGUGUAUCCACAGAAACUGGCUGCUACACUGGUAGACAAAAUUGACUGGUUAAAGAGUCUGAUGAUUGCUAACAAGGAGGAGAUGCGGGAGCUCUCCGCUCAGCUCUAUGCUGUUGUUGUGUCUACAUUACCUGGCCCUGAACUGAAGUCUAACCUGCACAACCUGAUUAAGAGUGCUAAGGAUGUACAUAGCCCUGAGGCUCAACAUGGAUCUAUACUGGCUUUGGGAUAUCUGAUUGGGAGAUACUUGUAUAACAACAAGGAAGGGCGGCUUGAAUCAGGUCCUAUCCCUGAACAGGAUGAGACCAUACAAGCAUGUGUGGAAACAAUUGGAACAUUUUUGAAUAACACCUCUCCAAUGCUGUCAAUUGCUGCGAUUACGGCCUUGGGAGAAAUAGGACGGAAUGGGUCUCUGCCAAUACCUGAUGAAGGAACUGGAUUUACCAAGAGGCAGCUUAUAGACAUUUUAUUGGCUAGAAUACCCUCUGGCAAAGAGACAAAUAAGGCCAAAGAACGAGCUAUAAGGACGCUGGGCUACUUUCCUGUUGGGGAUUGUAGUUUCCAUCAGAAGUUUCUGCUGCAGGGACUCAUGGAAUCAGUAGAAGCAAAACAAAUUGAGCUUCAGUUUACAAUAGGGGAGGCAAUAACUAAUGCAGCCAUUGGAUCACAAUCCACAGCAGCCAGAGAUGUAUGGAUCAUUGCUGAGGAGGACUAUCAACCACCUGCUGAUGUGAAAGUGAAUGAUGUUGUCCCGUGGGUUUUGGACCAGAUUCUUAACAAACAUGUUGUCAGUGUGAAUCCACAUGUCAGGCAGGCGGCCUGUAUAUGGCUCUUGUCUGUGGUGAAGAAACUGAGCAAACAUCAGGAAAUAAAGUCAAAACUUAAAGAAAUUCAAAGUGCCUUUAUAUCUGUCUUGUCUGAUAAUGAUGAACUUAGCCAAGAUGUUUCAUCGAAAGGUCUUGGGUUGGUAUAUGAACUGGGCAGUGAACAAGACCAACAGGAGCUGGUGUCCAUACUUGUGGACACUCUCAUGACUGGGAAAAGGGCAAAGCAUGAGGUGUCUGGAGACACUGAGGUUUUUCAAGGCACCUCCCUUGGCAAAACCCCAGAUGGACAGGGGCUGUCUACAUACAAGGAGCUGUGUGCAUUGGCCAGUGACCUUAGUCAACCAGACCUCAUAUACAAAUUCAUGAACUUAGCUAACCACCAUGCCAUGUGGACUUCAAGGAAGGGUGCAGCAUUUGGCUUCAACGUUAUUGCCACCAAGGCUGGAGAGCAGCUUGCUCCCUUUUUGCCACAACUCGUCCCACGCUUGUAUCGCUAUCAGUUUGACCCAAACACUGGAAUCCGCCAGUCUAUGACUAGCAUUUGGAAUGCCCUGGUCACAGAUAAGACUACUGUUGAUAAAUAUUUAAGUGAAAUCCUUCAAGAUUUGAUAAAUAACCUGACUAGUAAUAUGUGGCGAAUCCGUGAAUCCAGCUGUUUGGCAUUAAACGACUUACUACGUGGUCGACAGUUUGACGACGUUGUUGACAAACUUCCUGAGAUAUGGGAGACCCUUUUCAGAGUCCAAGAUGAUAUAAAGGAGUCAGUCCGGAAAGCAGCAGAACUGGCUUUGAAAACUCUAAGCAAGGUGUGUAUAAAGAUGUGUGAAACCUCCAAGGGAGCAGCCGGACAAAAAAACAUUGCUGUUCUACUGCCAUGCCUCUUGGACAAGGGGAUCAUGAGCUCUGUGGCUGAAGUUCGAGCACUCAGUAUCAACACACUGGUUAAAAUUAGCAAAGGUGCAGGAGAAUUAUUGAAGCCUCAUACCCCAAAACUCAUCCCAGCUUUGCUGGAGUCGUUAAGUGUUCUAGAACCUCAGGUGCUGAAUUAUCUAAGUCUCCGAGCCACCGAUCAGGAAAAGGCUGCAAUGGACAGUGCCAGACUGAAUGCUGCUAAAUCCUCUCCAAUGAUGGAAACCAUAAAUAUGUGCAUUCAGCAUCUGGAUGUCAGUGUACUGGCUCAGCUGGUCCCAAAGCUGUGUGAAUUGAUCAAGAGUGGCCUUGGUCUGGGCACAAAGGGUGGAUGCGCCAGUGUUAUUGUAUCUCUAACAACACAGUGUCCGCAGGAUCUAAUGCCUUAUUCUGGUAAACUCAUGAGUGCUUUAUUAAAUGGACUAAGUGAUCGUAACAGUGUGGUGCAGAAGUCCUAUGCCUUUGCCUUGGGACAUCUAGUUCGGACAGCGCGGGAUACUAGCACAGAGAAACUACUCCAGAAAUUGUGUGCCUGGUACAUGGAAAAGGAAGAGCCGGCAUACAGAUCUGGAUGUACUUUAACAGUUCACGCCAUUAGCCGCUACAGCCCGGAUGUGCUGAAGAACCACUCAAGCUUGGUAUUGCCACUGGCUUUCCUCGCCAUGCAUGAGGUGUCAGAUGAAGAGAAAGGGGAAAAAGAGGAUUCGAACCUCUGGAGAGAAGUGUGGCAGGAAAAUGUGCCUGGAAGUAUCAGUGGUGGCAUUCGAUUGUACAUGAAGGAGUUGAUUACCAUUACACAGAAAGCUCUGCAGUCUCCAUCUUGGAAGAUGAAAGCCCAGGGUGCUGCCGCUAUAGCUUCCAUUGCAAAACAACAGACUGGUUCUCUAGUUCCUCCACACUUAGGAAUGGUAAUCGGCACUCUCCUUCAGGGUCUGCCAGGAAGGACGUGGGCUGGGAAGGAAGAGCUUUUAAAAGCUAUUGGGACAGUGGUAUCCACUUGUAGUGAACAGCUGAAGGACCCAGCUCCUGAACAGCCCAGUGUAGAGGAUAUUAUUCAGGCUGUAUUGAAAGAAUGUCGGAAAGAGAAUGUCAAGUACAAGAUUAUCGCGCUGAAGUGUGUGGCUGAUGUACUUGAAUCCACUAAGGAGGAUCGCUUCCAAGACUUGUCAGAUAUCCUCUUUCCCCUGAUAAAGAAGACAUCCCUAGAAACGGUGGGCGCUCGGUCACCAAAGGAGGAAGAGGGUGAGAAUGAGAAAACCAAAGAACUCCAGACAGAGUCUCUGGUGUGUGCCUUCUCUACUCUAGGCAAGGCCUGGCCCCAGAAUGCUGACACACAGCGUUGCUAUCGGCUUGAAGUGUGCAAGCUGAUGUGUGAAAGGCUGAAGCUCAGCACGUGGAAAGUCCAGAAUGCUGUCCUACAAUCCAUGAAUGCAUACUUUCAGGGGUUACGGAUUUUAGAAAAGGGGCAUUCGGACAUAUUUGCGCUUACAGAAAUCCUCACAGAGGCCUGUCCAGCGAUAGCACAUUCUCUAGAAAACAAGAAUUACUCCUCUGUAAGAACGGAAGCACUCUCUGUAUUAGAGCUACUACUAAGGAAGAUUGAAGCACUCAGAGACACAGAACAGAAUCAGGUGCACGGGCUGGGAAAUCCAGUGGACACACCUGGGAGAUUCAGAACAGUGGGGAAGCCUAACGCUAGACAACAGGCACCUGCUUAUAACCUCUUUAUCCACAAUGGAAAUGGACAGCAGGCCUGACCUGAGAGAUAAAGGAUUACUGCUGAAGAAGAAGCUAGAGAACGUACAUUAAAAACGUGUAAAAUAAAAACCUGUGCAAUUCAGCCCAAACAUGUGCCGUGGAUUUUUCAACACUGUUCAACGCAAGAUUACAUUUAUGCUGUAGCAUGCAUCAUUCCAUGCCUACAAUAAAUAUCUACAUGAA